UGUGACCCUUUUGGUUUGACGUUACAGUGGCAGAAAAGCCAAAACUCCAAUCCUAUCAAAGAUGAACAAAUUUCAUCCAUCCAUUUUCUACUGCUUUACCCUCCACCAGGAGGGAGUUGCGGGAGGUGCUGUGUCAGUUUCAGCUGACAUAGGGCGAUAGUGUCCAAUUUAACUAAUCCCCAUUUUGCAUGUUUUGGGACUGCUGGAGAACCCGGAGAGAACCCAUGCACACACGGGGAGAACAUGCAAAGGUUCCAACCCUUGUUCCAACUGGGGCUCAAACCCGGGUCUCCUUGCUGCAAAGGCAAGAGUGCUAACCUCUGCACCAACCGUGUGGCCAAUGAACAGAUUCAGCACUGCAAAAUCAUCCCUACUAAAAUAUUCUUUAAUAUAAUAAAUGUUCUUGUUUUAUAAAGAUAAUUCCGGCCAAGUUUGCUUGGCAUCAAUGCUUCACAAAUACGUCAAUGUAAAUGGUUAUGAAAUUCAAAAAUAUCUCAAACAGCCUGCAAUAGGAGCUGAUAAAGUUAAAUCAGAUAAAACACCAUUUAAAGAACUUAAAAUAGAUAAAUAAAAUGGAAUUUAGCAAAAGAAAAAAGAACAGAUUUCGUGGUAUCACCUUAUUUUCACUCCACAAACAGCAACUGCUUCAGUCUGGAUCAUCUCACCGUCUCGUUCUGAUACUUUUAUCUUAUCUGACGCCAAACAUGUUUGAGAGCCGGUCCAUCUGGUUAUGAAACACUGCUGCUGCUCGUCUACAUGGUGAGCGGAGAGGACAGAGUGUCUGUGUCUGGUUAACAUGACAACAUGAGUUCAUCUGUAAAAACUGACCAGAGCUUCAGUGAGGAGCUGCAAUACCAGCACCAAAACCGCUGUAUGUGGUAUUUUGCACACAUAAAUAGCGCAGCAACAUGUCCACAGAUAAAAAUGGAUCAGUACUUUGUGUGCAAUGGAUAAACUGUAAGAGAUCUUACUUGUUAUUUAUAAAAGAUUUACACACAAUUCUUAACUAAAAUGUUGGGAAAAUUCAGCAAACUUGUUUUGCGGACCCCCCCAAAAAAUCUUUUCGACCCAUGUGUAGGUCCCCGGCCCAGUCUUUGGGAACCGCUGAUCUAAAACACGUGUUCAGGGUUGGGGUUACUCUCGUUUACGCGUGAAGGUGAAGUUUGGCGUGAUAUGCUAUGUAAACGGUGAGGAAACAGCCGGUCCAGCCACUGCCCACUGGUCACAUGUUCAGAGGAGGUGGUGGUCUUUAUAAAGCUCAGAUCAACCUGGUUCUCAAACUUGAAGACGUUGAUGAUGGCGAUGCUGUUGAGUUUGGUAGCUGCGGCUGCUGUGUUCCUGGAGUCGGUCUGUGGGACCUCGCUCGGGGUGGUGUACACAGAGGGAGGCAUGGUGCAGGGCGACAACAUCCGCCUUGGUUUCCGCCGCCACAUGGACGUGUUCAGAGGGAUUCCCUUCGCAGACAUCCCCGGGAGGUUUGAGAAACCAACGCGUCACCCUGGCUGGGACGGAGUCCUGAAGGCCACUGAAUUCAGGAGCAGAUGUCUUCAGGUGAACCUUCCCAUGACGGGCCACAGAGGAAGUGAGGACUGUCUUUAUCUCAACGUCUGGGUUCCUCAUGGUAGCUCAGUGUCCACAAAUCUGCCCGUCAUGGUCUGGAUCUACGGAGGAGGUUUCUUGGCCGGAGGCUCGAUGGGUGCUAACUUCCUGGACAACUAUCUGUACAGUGGUCAGGAGGUUGCCGACAGGGGGGACGUUAUUGUGGUUACCCUGGGAUACCGUGUGGGAACACUGGGCUUCCUGAGCACUGGAGACUCUGGGAUACCUGGAAACUACGGUCUGUGGGACCAACAAGCCGCCAUCGCCUGGGUCCACAGGAACAUCCGCGUGUUUGGAGGAGACCCCAACAACAUCACCAUCUUUGGAGAGUCUGCAGGUGGCGCUAGUGUCAGCUUCCAGACCCUGACUCCUUACAACAAAGGUCUGUUGAAGAGAGCUAUCUCCCAGAGUGGAGUCGCACUUUGCCCAUGGGCCAUCAACAAGAACCCGCGCAGGUUUGCUGAGGAGGUUGCUCUGAAGGUCAACUGCCCCACAGACCACAACAUGGCCGCCUGUUUGAAGAUGACUGAUCCUGAGCAAUUAACGAUGGCCGGCACUCUCAGUCUGUCCAGCUCACCUGACAAUCCUGUGGUAGGAAACCUGCUCCUGUCUCCUGUGAUCGAUGGCGACUUCCUGCCUGACCAGCUUCACAACCUGUUCCACAACGCUGCCGACGUCGACUACAUCAUCGGAGUUAACGACAUGGACGGACACCUCUUCACUGCUGUGGACAUUCCCUCAAUCAACUCCCAGCUGGUGGACACUCCAAUCGAAGAUGUGAGGAGGCUUCUGGCUUCAUACACUAAGGAAAAGGGAAAGGCUGGUCUGGACCAUGCCUACGCCACAUAUACCUCACACUGGGCAUCAAACCCAGACCGAGAGACCGUCAAGAAAACCGCUGUUGCCAUUGGAACAGAUUACAUCUUCCUGGUUCCUGCACAGGCUGCUCUCUACCUUCAUGCUUCCAAUGCCAAUUCUGGGAGGACGUACUCUUACGUCUUCUCCGAGCCCAACCGCAUGGGUGGCAUCGCCAAACCCUACCCCAGUUGGAUGGGAGCCGAUCACGCCGACGACCUACAGUACGUGUUUGGGAAACCGUUCAGCACGCCGCUGGGAUACUGGCCUCGCCACCGCGACGUCUCCGGCUACAUGAUCGCCUACUGGACCAACUUUGCCAAAACUGGAGAUCCUAACAGAGGAGGGCUGGACGUGCCUGUGACCUGGCCCCUGUUCACCAGCACCGGACAUAAGUUUGUGGACAUCCACGCGAAAAUGAACAACAACAACGCUGUGGGACAGAAGAUGAGACUGCGUUACGUUAAUUUCUGGACCAGCGUCCUGCCGAACCUGAACCCCGUCAUCUCAGAGUAAUCACACUGCAAUAACUACAAUAAAUGCAAACAACUGAUGAGUCGA